GACUCGCCGCCGCGCUGAGGGGAAGGCAGCGCUGCAUCUCUCCGCCGCUGGAUCCGUCUAACCGGCACGACCCGCUUUCACUGACAACCAACGCUAGCUUACCUGUCUAUGAUCUAAAUAACCUAACUAGUUAGCUCACCUAGUUAUCUUAGUUAUGUAAGCUGAUGGGGUCAGAAAAAUGCUUUGGGCAGUUUAUUUUUACUCUGACAGACUGCUGAAUAUGCUUUGGAAGGAUUGGUUCUUUAAUUUCCAUUUCUGAGGACAUUUUCCCUGUGACAUUUUCUGUGGACCGUAAGCUAAGCUCGCUGUUUUUUGUGUAUUUUUUUUAAUUUUUGAAAUGCCGCUCACGCGGGACUGAGAUGGAGUUCGUUAUUAACGGUCGGCUCCGGGAAAGUCCAGAGAAAUGCCACCGGUUGGGAUUGGGAUCUGAGUGAACGGGGUUUUGAGUGAGGGAAGCGGUGUAUGCGGUGUGUGUGAGUGUGUGUGAGAGUCUUUGAGACCACAGCGGGAUCCAGGAGACGGGGGCAUGAAGUCUGUCCGCGGGUUUAAGUGGAUUUGUUCGCCGGGCGUUUGGAUUAUUUACCCCGAAAUGGUUCUGGUUCCAGUUCUGUGGUUUUUAUCGCAGGCUCGAGCGGCGCCCUCACUAACGGCCGAGCAGAUGGACAUGGGGGUGGACUGGCUGAGUAAGUUUGGCUACCUCCCACCCGCUGACCCUGUUACUGGGCAGCUGCAGACCAAGGAAGCUCUGACCAAGGCCAUCAAAGCCAUGCAGAGGUUUGGAGGGCUGGAGGAGACAGGGGUGCUGGACCAGGCCACCCUAGGCCUAAUGAAAACGCCGCGUUGUUCUCUGCCAGACGUGUCAGCGCCGGAGAUUGCAGCUGGCAGGAGGAGACGGGCACUGGCUCCUCAGAACAAAUGGAACAAGAGACACCUGUCUUGGAGAGUUCGGACGUUUCCCAAGGAGUCGGCUCUGCUGGGGCGUGACACGGUUCGAGCUCUGAUGUACUAUGCUCUAAAGGUGUGGAGUGACAUAGCGCCAUUAAACUUCCAUGAGGUGGCGGGAAACGAAGCGGACAUCCAGAUAGACUUCACCAAAGCGGACCACAACGACGGCUACCCUUUCGACGGGCCUGGCGGUACCGUGGCUCACGCGUUCUUUCCUGGAGAGCGCUUCACCGCCGGGGACACGCACUUCGAUGAUGAUGAGGCUUGGACCUUCAGAUCUCCAGACUCUCAUGGGAUGGAUCUGUUUGCUGUGGCGGUGCAUGAGUUCGGACAUGCCAUAGGACUCGCCCAUACUUCUGCCAUUGAAUCCAUCAUGCGGCCGUACUACCAGGGUCCCGUGGGCGACCCUCUUAAGUACGAUCUCCCGUAUGAAGAUAAAGUCAGAGUCUGGCAGCUUUACGGUGUCCGGGACUCGGUCUCUCACACUGUGCGUCCAGAUGACCCUUCACGUACAGCCGACCCACCGGUCCUACUGGACCUGCCUGAGAACAGAUCCACUGUGCCACCGGCGCGCGAUGCCCCUGACAGAUGCACCAGUCACUUUGAUGCAGUGGCCCAGAUCCGAGGCGAGGCCUUCUUUUUCAAAGGAAAGUACUUUUGGCGUUUGACGCGAGAGAGGCACCUGGUAUCACUGAGACCGGCUCAGAUCCACCGCUUCUGGAGGGGACUGCCUGACAACCUGGACAGUGUGGACGCUGUGUACGAGAGACCCGGAGACCAUAAGAUCGUCUUCUUCAAAGGAGUGAAAUACUGGGUGUUCAAGGACAACAUCGUGGAGGAAGGCUACCCGCGGCCGAUCAGUGAUUUCGGGCUGCCCAUGGAGGGUGUGGACGCUGUGUUUGUCUGGCUGCACAAUGACAAGACCUACUUCUUCAAGGAUAACCGCUACUGGCGCUACGAUGACCACCUGCGGCGCAUGGACCUGGGCUACCCUAAAGACACUACGUUAUGGAAAGGGGUUCCGGCUCAGCUCGACGACGCCAUGCGCUGGUCUGAUAGUGCCUCAUACUUCUUUAAAGGGAAGGAGUACUGGCGGGUGGCGGGCAGCGACAUGGAGGUAGAGGCCGGGUAUCCUCGGCCCAUCGGUAAAGACUGGCUGGUCUGCGCAGACAUGCAGUCGGACUCUCCGGAGACGCAGAACAACGGCACGAGCGUGCGUCUGCCCGGCCAGCACCACGUGGACCACGCUGAGAACGGCUACGAGGUGUGCUCCUGUACCUCGGACUCGGGUUCGCCCACCGGCCCACGGCUGCAGCUCUCGCCCGCCUGGAUGCUGGCGCCGCUCUGGACGCUCUUAUCCGCGGUGCUCUGAUGAGAGCCACGCCACAGGCCUGUGCUGAUACAGACACGGACACAUACCAGAGACUGGACACACAGUGGCCUGUGGGCUUGGACAGGAGGGACGCUGGCCACUGGCCUGAAUGGAACUGAUAUUAGUCCACUGUAAUCAGCGAAGGAGUUACACGCUUACACAGCUUUUUAUCUUUAUGUUUAUUUGUUUUUUUUUACUAAAACUGCAAUUGUUCAUUAUUAUUAUUAUUGUUAUAAUUGUUACACAGCGCAGUAUCAGAAAAAUACUUUUGGGACAGUAUGGAAGAUACAGUAUUUUUUACAUUUACAUUGUCAUUUAUUUGAUUGCAGACAGUAUAAACUCAAGAUAUUUCACAUUUUGUGUGGUCAAAUCAGAAACUGUAAAAAAGAUGGACGCCAUGUUGCCAUUCCCAUUCAUUCAAUGAAAAUGAAGCCAAAAUCUUGCACCAUGUUGGCGAUCCUGAAACCCUAGACUGCGCAGUAGAGACCAGAAAAGGGAGAAAGACUGUGGAGAGACAGCCUACUCAUUUAAAUAACCCCGCCCCUGAGGGCUGCCUCCACAGAGCUAUACACAAUCUAUAUUCCCGCCCAUACAGUCAUUGGUCCAAAGCCAACAAUAACCACACCUUUUUUGAAUAGAGCUGAAUAAUGUUUUUAAAAACGAAUUCUGUGGGGAUAUAAAAAUAUGACAAUAUAAGCAGAGGUUACACUAGCUGUUACAUUUAAAUAAUGGAGGUAGAAUUACAGUAUAUUAGAAAAAAAACGUGAUUGAAAGUUGUCUGUUUUGCCAUUGAAACCUAUGAGGAUGGGUGGGGUUACACAGCUUUCUGCAACCGAACAGCAGGGGGCGCCCGACCUGUGGUAGCUUCACUUUUGAGAGACGAUGAGGAAUAAGGGCGUAGAUCAAACUCCCAAAACUAAGUUAUAAUAAAUCCACUUGCAGCACGCAUUCACUGUGGCAUUGUUUCGAUAAGCUUCUAAAAUAACACAAGAUUUAUUUCAAUCCAAUGUUGCAUUAAUUUUUCAGCAAGAUCUUGCAGCAGCAUUGAUGAUGGUAGAGUCUGACCAACCACUGCACAAAGCAGCUCUUCUCCAUCCAGCACAUCCCAAAGAUUCUCAAUGAGGUUAAGAUCUGGACUCUGUGGUGAACUCUCUCUCUCAAUCCAUGUGUAAAAAUGAACAUAAUGAUCUCAUUCUCCCUGAACCCUGAACUCUUUCACAAUUCCAGCCCCAUGAAUCCUGGCAUUGUGAUCUUGGAAUAUGGCCGUGUGUAUCAUCAGGGAAGAAAUAUAAAAUCCAUUGAUGGAAUAACCUGGUCUAUAUUCAGUAUAUUCAG